AGUAUUAGAGACCGUGUUCUAAGGGAGGGUAUUCUAUGGGCGUGCCAGCCCGAGACUUCGUAAUCACAUUAUACUGUGAUAAAAAUGUUGAUAUUAAUUUGCAAAUCCGUCCUUUUAUCUUUGUUUCUGUUAUCACUUGAUCCUCCCGUGGUCGAUGCUAACUGCACAAUUCCAAUAAUUGUGAGGGGAAAAUGGUUCUCUAGGGAGAACAACGUCAAUAAUCAUGUGGAUAUUAACGACAAAUUCAUGACAGAUCGAGGAGAAUGUGUGGACAUUCGAGACAGGUUUCAUGUGAAUUAUACCAUGGUUUUUAAGAACCACAAGUGUUAUUACUGCGUGAAAAUCAUCGUACGGACAUUUAAUGUACUCGAGAAGAUAGAAACUCCAUGUAUAAAUGUGCCUGACUAUGCCGCAACUGUUGAACGUGUUUGUCGCAACUUGGACAGUAGUCAACAAAUAGUCACCUUAUUUUCGGAAAAUUACGUCCCAGUUAAUUGUCGGUCGUCACUCGAGGGAGUCUGGAAUUUUGCUUAUCAGAACCGCUUCAAAUUUACCGGUGAAUGUAGUAAUCCAGAUGCACAAAUUAGGUCUUGUCAAACAGCAGGCUCACAGUUUCUGAUCUCGAAUCAAAAGUUCAAUAUCACAUAUAAGAAAUGUCAAGGGAUGGCUGAAACUUUCGAUGGCGUUGUUGAGUAUAGCUGUCUGGGUGCUUGGUUUGUCGGCAAAAAUCAUUAUUUCGCGGUCGCCAACACGAAGGAGUCGCGGGACGACGAAAAAUAUCGUUGUUUUUUGAAAAAUCGCGACGAUGAUCUCUACAUAGGCGUUUCCAUUACGGCAGAAUGCAAUACGUUGAAAACUGUGGAACAGAGCCCCGAGAGAUUGCACAUUUGGCCAAUUAAGAGUGAAGCCGUAGAGCCCGGCUGUCGCUUGCCUCAAAACUUCACAGGCGAGUGGAUCAAUACUGCCAACAUUGAUGCAGACAUUGUGAUUAAUGAAACACACAUUAUUGAAACGUAUUAUCCGGACGAAGGGCGGUUCCGCAGGACGAUUUACGUGUGUAGGGAACAAAGGGAUACGAGAGUUAUGAUGGCCCGUUUGACCGUGGACGGGUGCCAAAAAGACUACGUCUGUUUCGAUUUCGUUCCGCAACACCACAACAUAAUCCGCUAUAGGAAAGGGAUAGCCGUAAUUAAGGAUCACUUCAGCACCGUGUGUUCGUGGGUACAAUUCCAAAACAAAGCGCAGUGGAAAUACGAUCUAUACUUGAAGAAAAAUCCGGUGCCGAUUCGGUGCCCGGUUGCUGGUAAAUUCAACUUUACGCAAAAGGGGGAGGUACCUUUCGAAACUCGUAUAUUGGGUGGCGUUACUUUGAGUCCCCGUCCCAAUACUUAUUGUAAGCAAAAUAUAUCCGAUUUUUCGGUGUGCGACACGGAACAAAAAGAAAUAGCGAUCGACGAAAAUUAUUGUCUUUCGGUUGAUCAUUUAGGGCGACCGGUCGACAUCUACAGCGAUCCUGACUACAAAAUGAAAUGCAUAGGUUUCUGGAAAGAGAAUUUAAAGUCUUACCUAAUUACGUACGACGACCUCGAUCCGUACUCGAAGUACAGGUGUUGGGUAUACCAACGAGCAGAUUUGAACCGUAUCUUAAUGUCACAAGCUAUCGGUCCUUUUUGUGACUUAAAGCAAGAUGUGACUUCCUGGAAUCACACAGAAGGCGCUGGGGUCGCUAUCGACAUGCAGGAAUACGAGAGAGAACGUGACCAGUGUCCUAUGUUCUUUGACGACGGCAGUAAUCCGUGGCUCGCAUCCGAAAACGUCAUCCAGGUUUUCACGUUUGGUUUUUUGACAGGGGUUUCGACCGUUGUAACUAAACCUUUGGGAAUUGUUUUAUUCGGUGUGUGUGGUGUUUUACAUUUCGUAAGAUAGUCGAAUUAACGUCGUCAAACUGUCUCGAAUCAGCACAUGUGAAACGAGAUUUCGAUAUUAACCGUACUAAUCGAUAUCUAUUGAAUGUAAGGAAAUCGCGGGGAGGAGGGAAGAUGAUUUAAAAGGGUGCCACAUACUAGCUGUAGGCAGAAAGGUUACCAACGCUACAGGACCGUUUAACAGAAUAAAAUAGAUGACCAAAAUUUUAUAUUACACAUCGGACCACCAGAGCGGAGGUAUCGUUCUCGGUCCGCACGCGGUUCUUUACUUCAAUGUAUAGCAUCUUCCUUCCUUUCGUGACGCUGACAUGACUUAACAUAAUGUGGAUAUCGCUCCGAGUUUUUGUUUUGUUUUUUUUUACUCUCAAAUUAAUGUCAUUCCAGAAUUAAUAAUGUUUUAACGAGUGGCCUUCGAUCGCCUUGAACUGUUGUAUAAUUUGCACUAAUUAGUGUUAUUCUCAUAAUUGUGACAAUUGGUCCGUCCAUUUUAUUUAGUCUCAUCGUUUUUAUAUUGUGUUGUUUAUAGUUUUUGAUCAAAUUUACUAACGAAUUCGCACCCAUCGUCACGUCGUCCACUUAAGAUGUAUGUGUGUGUAUCGUUGAUUAAGUUAUCGACUUUUUGUACGCUAGCGUUAAGUAUAUUUUAUAUAUUUUUUUUUUAAUGAAUAUAGUAAAUAUUUGUUGA